AUGAAACAAUAUUUUAUUGGUAUUGAAGGUGGUGCAACAAAAACUGAAGCUGUUUUAAUUGAUGAUACCGGUAAGGUUUAUGUGAAAUUACAAUCGGGAUCCUCAAAUCCUUGGCUUCUUGGAUUUGACAAUGCGGCUAAAUUGUUAAAGCAACUAAUCGAUGAUAUUCUUGUUCAAUGCGAAGUUAAUUGGGACCAAAUAGUUAGUGUUGGUAUGGUAUUAAGUGGUGGUGGACAUGCUGACUCUCAAUUAAAUUUACAACAAGAACUUAAAUCGUUUGAUAUUGAUACAAGUAAAAUUUUCAUUGGUGAAGACAUGUUAGGACCUGUACCAAAUGGUGGAGUUGUUAUUAUUGCUGGGACAGGUUCAAAUUGUAUUGUCUAUAAUAAAGAUGGUUCGCGUAAAGGAGCAGGAGGAUGGGGACAUUUAUUAGGUGAUGAAGGAAGUGCAUAUUGGAUUGCUCAAAGAGCUAUAAAACGUGUUGUUGAUCAUACAGAUAAUUUCAGUUUAUCACGUCAUGAUUUAACAAGAUUAAGGGAUGCAAUAAAAGCAUAUUUUAAAGUUGAAGAAAUGAGUCAACUUUUAACUUUUUUCUAUAAAAAUUUUCAAAAAGAUUUUAUUGCACGUUUUACUCAAGUUAUUGCUGAAUUGGCUUCAAAUAAUAAUGAUGAAGCAUGUCAACAAUUAUUCAAAGAGGCUGGUUAUAUGUUAGGUACACAUCUUCGAGCGAUUUCAUCUCAUAUUGAAAAAAGUUUGUACGACCAAGGAAAAUUACGAGUUGUAGCAGUUGGUUCAGUUUUUCUUAGUUGGAAAUUUUUGAAACCAGGUUUCAUGGAUGCACUUUCAAAUGGAAAUUCAAUUCCAUUUAAUAAAGUUGAACUUGUUCGAUUAACAUCUUCAGCAGCAAUUGGUGCUGCUAUUUGGGGUGCACGACGACAAGGUAUUCCACUUACAAAUAUUGACUUCACUAAAUGCUUUACUACACUUGAUAUAAUUGACAUAUAA